GCAAACAUAUAAUAAUUAAUCCACCAUAAAAAUAUCAUCAUAAUUAGACUAAGCUGCAGUUAUAAAUCAUUUCAAUUAAUUGCAGACAAUUACUACAUUAAAAUAUUUAUACUAAAGCAUAUCAUAUUAUACAUUCACUAUAGAUCCUCUCUAUUCACUUAAGCUUAUCUGUCUAGUAUUUUUCUCAAACAAUAUCAACAAAUGUUACUUUUGUUUUCAGCCAAACUCACGGGAGGAUCAGCGGAAUAGAGACUGAGAUUUGCGCUGCCAAAUGUCAUGGCCGCCGGCUGCCGCCCGCCGACGCCCAGGUCGUGCGCAGCUCGCGGCCUCCGCCAACCUCGCUAGGGUCGCCGCUCAUUACCAUAGCUUCACCAUAGGUGCCGACGUGCCGUGGACUCCACGCGCGCAGCCGCUGCGCUCGGGCGGAACUCCGUGGUGGCAUGUGCCGUGCGUGCCUCUGUACAGUGGCAAGAGCCAUGCUAGAUGAACUCUGGUGAUGGCCAUGCUAGCCCACAGCCAGCACGCGGGCAUCCGCUUCGGUUCCUCCAUCGCGAACGGCGGGUGGCCAGGUCGCCUCCCAAGCAACCGCUACUCCCGGCCUUUCACCCCUGCUGACCUGCGUCCUGCGCAGGGAAUGGAAGAAUCAAGAAUGCAGACAGCUCGUUGUGUAUUGUAUUUCUCAACCUGUAGCUAGAUCAAUUUCAUUUGGUUCUUACCUCCAAUGUCUUCAUUGAGCGUACAGGAUAAUAAAAUACAAACCUAACAUAGAUUCCGCGAAUUUGGAUAUUACCGGAAUUCUGCGAAUUUGGAUAAUCGAAUUUGGAUAAUAUGGCGUCUUCCUUACACUUUUUAUUGGUGAAUUUGUAUGUAGGAGUAGGUACCAUACCGUGAAAUACCUGAUGUCCCUGGAAACAUCCUGGUUUCUGUAGUGUAGCUGUGUAGGGUAAAACUGGAGAUUGAUGAUUUAUGGCUUGCAAUGUAACCCAAUUAGCCAAGUCAAUGUGGCAGCUAGUAUUCUUCAAUCUUCAUAUGCUUGAAAUAACCAUCACCGAAAUCAUACUACUUCAUACAAAAAAAAAUCUGAGAAAACUGCAGAUACUAUCUCCACGUCAGUAUGGAUGGUUAGUCAACAAUGGCUGCUUAUCUUGGCUCUAUGUGUUCUGACUUCUGAACGCUAUUAUUUCAACUCUCAUCAAUCAUAUCCAAGAAUAAUUCCCAGAAGAAGAAACUUGGAGCUGACUGUGGUAGUGAAUGAAUAAAGGGGGUAUGCUGAGAAGAUAAAGGUGGGUAAGCCAUUUAGGCAGCAGGGGAGCAGAACUAGCGGAGAACUCAAAAUACUUGGUUACAAAUGAAAAUACUUUCUGGGAAUAUAUAAGGGGAUGGGGAAACCAGCAAGGGUGCCUUGAUUGAAGGAAUUUACAAGCUUGUAAGUUCGAAGCCCCCAGCAGUUUUAGUUGUAUCAAGUUUUAUGUGUUUUCUACAGGAUUUUUUUUAGGUAAGGAGGUGAUGCUGACAGCAGCAGUGGUAUUUAGACCACUUCUGUUUCUGCUUUUGGAUAUAUCUAUUCGUGGAUCUCCUUUUGCUACUUGUGUUAGUAUACCUGUAAGAACACCUUCCGGCUUACUACCUCCAUAUUGAUGACCCUGAGGUCUCGUGGAAACUGCAAAGGUAUUAUACUCCUGUUCCUGUAGUGAAUAAGAAGGGACUUCACAUGGUGAUUAUCGGAUAAGGUGGCUGUACCAAGGAGCUCAUUUGUGUGUGGCAGGACUGCGACCUGAUGUAGUUCAUUUUUUUUUUUGCCAGGCAGGAUUGAUUCAGUGGAUGACUAACAAAUUAUCGUAGUUUCAAGACUUUUCUGCGCGUGUUAUGGUGAUGGUUGCAUUUGACUUAAUUUGCUUAUUGCUGCUAUUUUCUAAUUACUGUUACUGUAUCAACUCCUGAUAAUAUUGGUGUUCCAUGAUUUGUUAUUUGCAAGGUUUUUAUCAUCUAAAAGAAUAUGUUUUGGGGAACCAAUUGGUAGUUUAUUUUGUUAUUCUCAUCAACAUAGUCAUAAUGUAAAUUUCAGAUGGUAGUGUUUUCUGUUCAUAAGUUAGGCUACACUAUUUUGCUGAGGAAGUCAGCUUUUGAAGUGACUGUUACAUAAAACAAUCAAUAUUGCACUUUAGUAGUCAAGUGACAUAAUGUCGCACUCAGGAUGGUCUUAUGCUGAAAACGAUGACUGCUACAUACAAUUACUUUAUGAUCUCUCUCAUUGUACAUGUCCUGUUUUCUCCCUUUAUAAUAUAUGAACAUGUUGUAGCGUACAAAUUUCAGUCAGCAGCAAAUAGUAACAUUGGAAGUCAACUUUCGCAUGUUUGAAUUGGACUAUCUGGGCUUGAGAUAGAAACGAAAUAAAAUAGAUCUGAGGGACUCAGCGGGCAGGCAGUAAUCAAGAGGGAAAAGGCAAAAAUCUUGAUGAGUACCAUGACAAUUAGAGGCUUCGUGGACUGGAGAGGAAACCCCAUCAACAGAGAAGUGCAUGGAGGAGUGAGAGCAGCAUGGUUUAUAUAUUUCCUGACAGUUGUGGCAAACAUCGUGAAUGUCCCAAAUAUGCUGAAUAUGGUAACCUAUCUCCAUGGAACAAUUCAUAUGGGAGUGUCAAGAUCUGCAACUACAGUCACUAAUGUCCUUGGUGCUACAUCUGGGUUUGCUUUGAUAGGAGCCUUCCUCUCUGACUCUUACAUCACUCGUUCAAGAACUAUACUUAUCUUUGGUCCAUUGGAGUUUCUGGGCUACGGACUGCUUGCACUGCAAGCCCACCUUCCUUCACUACAUCCACCUCCUUGCAAUAUUGAAGCAGAACCAAGUAACUGCAAAGAAGUCCAUGGCUGGAAUUCCACCCUGCUGUUUGCCGCCUUGUAUAUCAGUGCACUUGGUGAUGGUUGUAUGCGUGCUUGCAUGCCAUCCCUCGGAGCAGACCAGUUUGACCAUGAAAAUCCCUCUGAGUCACGCCAGCAAUCUAGCUUCUUUAAUUGGUACACCUUUGGGAUCUCGUUUGGAGGCUUUAUAGGGCUGAUUCUAGUAGUGUGGCUUCAGAACGACAAAGGGUGGGACAUUGGAUUUGGCUUGUGUGCCAUCCUAAUUCUGCUUGGGCUGCUUGUGGUUGCUGUUGGUCUCCCUUUCUACCGCAACCAAAUACCUGAAGGAAGCCCUCUAACCCGAAUACUGCAAGUUCUUGUGGUCGCAUUCAGAAACAGGAGCCUUGAGCUUCCAGAGAAACUGGAAGAAGCACAAGAAAGCAGUACUGAGCCAGGCUGUAUUGAAGUACUCCCUGAAACAAAUAGCUUGAAAGUCCUCGACAAAGCCUGCAUCAACCGUGGGAAAGAUGGAGUCUGGUCACUUUGCAGCAGGACGAAGGUGGAGGAGACAAAGAUUGUGCUCCGUGUGCUUCCUCUGUUUAUCAGCUCCAUUAUCGGAUACAUAUCAAACCCUGUCCUCUUCACAUUUACCGUGCAGCAAGGUGGCAUGACAAACACAAGGCUGGGCAAGAUCCAUGUUUCCCCGGCUACACUGUUCAUAAUCCCCACCAUAUUCCAGAUGGUAAUGCUUCCAGUCUAUGACCAAUUCCUGGUGCCAUUCUUACGCAAGCGCACAGGCUAUGCUAGUGGCAUUACUCAUCUGCAGCGUGUGGGCAUAGGCUUCACCUCCAUCAUACUUGCGUCAGUCAUUGCAGCAGUCGUUGAGAGGAAAAGGAAGGAAGCUGCAGUGCAGAUGUCCCUAUUUUGGCUCACGCCUCAGUUCUUCUUGCUGGGAGUGUCAGACGUGACAUCGUUUCCUGGGCUCCUCGAGUUCUUCAACAGUGAGGCGCCACGAGGCAUGAAGUCGAUCGCGGCAGCCUUGUUCUGGUGCGUCCUAGGGCUCUCGUCAUUGCUAGCCACUUUCCUGGUGCAGAUAGUGAACAGGGCCACGAGGCAUGGGCACCAGGCAGGAUGGCUCGAAGCUACAAGCUUGAACAGCAGCCGUCUUGAUCUGUUCUAUUGGGUUGUGGCUGUUGUCGGAUUCCUUGCCUUCUUGAACUACAUGUUCUGGGCCAAGAGGUAUGUGUACCGGCACAAUCCACGCAUCGUCGUUCGCUGAUGAGCCACCAGUUGAUCAGGAUCCACGUUGAAAUAUCUCGCUAGGAUCGUCCUCCAGUUCAGCAAAAGCAGGAUAAGUGUGGUCUGGUUUACCAUGACAUGGAUUAGAGCCUGUUGUCGUAUUCAGAUGCCUGAUUGUAUGCAGAUCAUUGGUGGACAUCAUUCGUUAUACUUAGCAUUAGCAGUAGUUCACAUUUGUGAAAUGCUCCUUAUCAAAGGAGAUGUUCUAGUUUGUGCAAGUGUAAGUGGGUGUUUCUUUGUGACAAUGUAAGCUUCAGACACAGAAAUAUGUCAAACUGGCAAAUUGGUAAGAGCUGAAAUGCCAGCUAGAAUAUAUUAUUGCUGCAAUAUUAAUAGCAUAUGGUUCAGCAUGAAUGAAUUUUUC